AUGUCCCUGAAAGUAUUUAAAGAGCACGCCGAGUUGUUUCCGAUCCGCGACGUACCCGCUGUGGUGGACGUGUUCCGCAGGGAGCUGGAAAAAAAAGAACCGGACCUGUUGCUGCUGUCGCUGGUGGCUGGCGCCAUCGAGAACACGAUGACUUGUAUCCGACCGACCACCGAAAUGCCGGUCAUCGUCACGGCCGAAACCAACUUUGACUUUGAUCAGGUGCCACUGAGGCUGCCUGACGUCGAGCUGCACAUUGUAGAAGCUCUGUACACAAAAUUCUACUCGGUCAUCAAGAGCAGCGUUGACCCAUUGCAUUUUGAUGACCGAGACGGACAUGCCAGCCGAGAACUCGUGAAAAGGGUGUCCGACGUCAUAUGGAACACACUUACUAGAAGUUAUUAUAAGGACAGAGCGCACUUGCAAAGCAUGUAUAGCUAUUUAACAGGUUCAAAAUUGGAUUGUUUUGGUGUUGCAUUUGCUGUAGUAGCUGCUUGUCAAAUACUCGGUUACAAUGAUGUUCAUUUGGCUUUGUCUGAAGACCACGCAUGGGUUGUAUUUGGUCCAGAUGGUAGUGAAAACGCAGAAGUUACGUGGCAUGGAAAAGGAAAUGAAGAUAAACGUGGACAAAAAAUUAAAGAUUCAGGACCUGGUCAUAGGUCGUGGCUAUAUGUUAAUGGCCAUCCCGUAGUUUGUAAUAGGCAUAUGGAAGUAUCAGCAUUAGUUAGUUCUAUUAACCCAAGUAUUAAUCAAUCUAAUGAUGCUUUGGAAGUUGCCACUCUUCAAAAAAAUCUUUUGUGGCUUCUUUAUGACGAAGGACACUUAUCAAAAUUUCCACUUGCUCUAGGUAACUUGGGUGAUUUGGAAGAGUUAAAUGCAACACCUGGAAGACCUCCUUGUACAGCCUUGUUUGAAGAAGCUAUUUCAGCUGCUCGUAUAUACUACAGUGAUAUGUUUGUCUAUCCAUAUACUUACCAAGGUGGAUAUUUCUACAGACACAACAUGAUUAAAGAUGCUUUUGCAAGUUGGGCCAACGCUAGUCAAGUUAUAAGCAAAUAUAGUUUUAGUAAAGAUGAUGAAGAAUUAUAUAAAGAAAUGAUGGAUAUUGCUUAUGAAUUAAUACCAUACUCAUUGAAAGAAAUGACAUGUGGCAAAAGUCGGUCAAUAUUGAAUAAUCCACAAUGUUAUGCGUAUGUGUUAUUAAUUUAUGAUGGUCUUUGUCUUUGGGAAGAAGAUGGAACAACCCCAGUAUUACACAUUAAAUGGGCAAAACAUUUUAUAAAUUCCAUUUCUAAGUUUGAUGAUAGUGUGAGAACAAGACUUAUCAUAUUAGAACCAAAAGAUUCAGAAAAUGAUAGUAGUCUAAUGCAAUAUUAUCAUGAUAAUAACAUGAAUAAUAAUAAUCGCCCAUUGCCUAAAGACAUUUUAAAUACUAUACCUGGCACAGAAGAAGAAACUAAAUCAGAACUCCACCCUGGCAUAGAAGCACUUACUGCAGCGUGUAGUGAGCGAAUUUUGAAUAGAGAGUUUUUACUGCAAGGUGGUGGAGAACCUUUUGUGGGUAGUUCUGAUGAAUUGCUUACUCCUACUACACCUCAAACACCUAUUUUAGAAACAACAUUAAAAGAUGAUGAACCUGAAACUAAAAUUGUGUUGAAAAGUAAGAAGAUGAGAAGCAUGAAAGAUUUACUAAUUGCAAAGAAAUUGAAUACACAAGCAAUUAGUUUACAAAUAAGUGCUCAGUCUCAAGGUGGAAAACGUCAUGCACCUAGAGAUACUGCGGAACCAAUAUCCAGGCGGAGUAGAAGAAGUAACAACUAAUUAAAUGUAUACUAAAAAUGCAUUAAGUGUAAGUGCAAUUUUUUCUUUCAAAAGUAAUUUACUUUAUUUUAUAUUGAAAGACUAUUAUAAUGUUACUUAUAUUUUAGGAGUUUAAGUUCUUUACUAUGACUUAUAGUUGAGACCCGUUUUUUAUUUAGAAUCUCUUAUUUAAGAUACUUAAUCUAUAUAUUAUAUUUAAAAAAAACAUAGGUAUUAAUAAUAUUAAAAAUUAUAAUAAGAAGUAAUAAUAAUGUUAAUAAUUUGACAAAAAAAAUUAUUUGAUAAUGAUAAAAUGUUGAAUUUGACAAAGUGAUUAAUUAGUGUUACCAUAAAAAAAAUAUAAUAUUUUACAAAUAUUAAACUUAAAAUUAGUUAAAUCCUAAAUUGUUGUGAUUUAAAAUGAAACAUUUUUAUUUUGCAUGACAAAAUUAUUAGUUUAAGGUAUAGACUAAACAACGAUGUAGUAAUGUCUACUAAAUACAAAUUUUACCGUAGCGCAACCAAGGAUAUUAUGUUGCAAUUAAUUAAUUAGAAAAAUGUAGGAAAGCUCCAAUUAUUUUGUUUGUGUAAAACCCAAUCAUUUUCAAUGCUUUUUUUAUACGAUCACCUUUACAGUAUAAUUACAAUAAAAGUCAAAAUAAUAAUUAGAAACUUAUAUUAUUCAUACAAUUCUAUUAAGUACUUGCUGUUGCGUAGUCAAUGGUAUCUUUACUAUGGAAGAACAACAUUUUUAUUUUGUACCUUUAUAAUAUUAAGUAAAUUAUAGACUUGACAUUAUUGUACCUAUAAAUAUAGCCUAUAGGGUAUAAAUUAAAAUACAUACAAAAAAUAGCAUUAAUUGUCUAAAAAACCAUCGAAUCUCACUCUCACCAAAACUCUUCAAUUUUAUUUUCAAAGCAAGUACUCCCAUUGCUGAGUUUUAGACUGGAAUGCAAUGAAAUAUAUUCUGUAUACCUAGGACUAGAUAAAAUUUAUUUUUUAUUCUUGCAUUAUUUUACCAACUUAGUACAAUCAUUUAGAUCGAUUAUAUCUAUGAUAUAUAUUUUGUUUAAAUCAAUAGUAUAUAAUUUUAUUUAACACCCUCCUUAGAAAUUUCUGAUUGCGCUACUUAUACACUUAUUCAACUUUAAAUUUUCACAUUCUGUAUUGUUGUUUAGUUUUAGGUACUUCUAUUUAAAUAUCUUAUGACUCUAAGUCACCAUUGUAAAAUUGUAAUUAUGUCUAUAAUAUUAUAGAAUACAAUAGUAGGUACCUUGAAAUUUUGUUUGACUUAAAACUACAGAAAUGGGCAUAAAGUGUAAUAAUAUUAAAUACUUUAAAAAAAAAACGUAUAAAUAAUUAAUUUAAUUUAAGUAUUUUAGAUAAAUACA